AUGUGGACAAGCGCCUUUGGCGAUGAUGUGCGGCUGCACAUUUUUGAUUACUUGUGGCCGAAGGAAUGGAUGUUGAGAGCAUGCUGCCUCUGCGGCGUUGCACGGCAGUUCUUGUCGCAAAGGGAUGUGCAAGAGGCGCUUGUCGCUGCGCUCAGCGAGGAGGCCUUCGCCCUCACCUCGCCUCUUUGGCAAACCUUGCGGCGCGCCAUGGCCGUGGGGUCCUCCUCAUCUCCGGGUUCUCCGGCGGGUUGGCUGAGGGCGGCGUUCGCAGCCAUGGGCCGAGCGCCUGGAGCGCCUGGAGCGCGAGCGCCUGGGACUGGGACGUCUGGGUCGGCGCUUGGCGGCGCCUCCAGUUGCCGCGGCGGCCGCGCGCGGCUGCUGGGCCGCUGCUUGACGACCGCGGCGCAGGCAGGCCAAGCGCCGCUGGUGGCGCUGGCGCUGGAAAGCCGCGCGGACAUCGAGCAGCGCAUCAACGGGCAGAGCCCCCUGGACAGCGCAGCACAGCAUGGCCAGGUGGCAGCGGCGAAAGCCUUGCUGGAGGCUGGUGCCGUGGCAGUGCAGACGGCCCCGGGCCGAUGGACGCCUUUGAUGCGGGCUACGCAGGGGGGCCACCUUCAGGUUGGUUCGAAGUUCCGAGAUCGCAGUCCUUGUUGCCUGGUUGAGCACCAUGCUUCCCUGAACAGAAAUGCACUUUUGCAAACAGGAAUCGAUUUGCGUGUGUUUUUCAGGGUGCCCUUUUUCAUGUCGCUUUGCAGGGAAAGCAAAGGGACUAUUUUGGGGCUGCCCCAUUUGGAAACACAUCCAUUUGCAGCAGAAGGUCGAGUUGACUCUGGAGGUCUGCGAGCUGCUCUUGGUCUGGGAGGUGGACCCAGACGAGUGGGCGGACCGCAUGACCGCCCUGGACAUCGCAGAGUCGCACUCUCACCAGAAGGUGGCGGAGGUCUUGCGGCGCAGCGGGGCCUCGAGGUUCCUGGAGCUGCCGCCGGCGCGGCGGCGGCUGGUGGAGAGGCCCUUGAAAGGUAG